GCCGAGAGGGGCACCACAGCGCACCGUGCGCCGCCGCUGAGCUGAGAUGUGGUGACAGUGUGUGAAGUCAGAGCAGCAGCGCUCCCCUCCAAUACAGCCAGGAUCUGGAGUUUAAAGCUUAUCGCUUUGCAACAGCUCAGGACUUUUUUAAAUUGUAUGCCAAUGAGACGCAGCGUGAAUCAUUUUUCUCACUUUAGGAAUAUUGGAUCUUGAUACUCGAGUUUACUUCGACUGAAGGCUUUGAAGUAAAAAGAGAGUCUGAUGAGCCUGGCGAGUGCGGCAGUGUCGGCGUCUGGCCUCCAGGGUGGGGCCCGCCAGCGAGACUUGAUGAUGGAGCAGAAAGUCAGUAAGCUGACCUCUGGCUUCCAGCGGAGCUCCACCUCAGAUGAUGACUCAGGGUGUGCGCUGGAGGAGUAUGCCUGGGUACCACCUGGCCUGAGGCCUGAACAGGUCCAGUUAUAUUUCUCCUGUCUGCCUGAGGAUAAGAUCCCUUAUGUGAACAGUCCAGGAGAGAAGUUUAGAAUCAAGCAGCUCCUCUACCAGCUCCCACCGCAUGAUAAUGAGGUGCGUUACUGCCAGUCCCUCAGUGAGGAGGAGAAGAAGGAGCUACUUAUGUUCAGUGUCCAGAGGAAGAAGGAAGCUCUCGGGAGAGGCACGAUAAAACUGCUGCCUCGCAAUCUGCAGAAGAGCAUUUGUGAGCAUUGUGGGGAAAACAUCAAUGGCGGAGAAAUGGCAGUGUUUGCCUCGAGGGCAGGCCCUGGGCUGAGCUGGCACCCAGCAUGCUUUGCCUGCUCCACAUGCAGUGAACUGCUGGUGGAUUUGAUCUACUUCUACCAUGAUGGAAAGAUCCACUGCGGAAGGCACCACGCUGAGCUACUCAAACCACGCUGCUCGGCCUGCGAGGAGAUUAUCUUUGCUGAUGAAUGCACCGAGGCAGAGGGACGCCAUUGGCAUAUGAAGCAUUUCUCCUGUUUUGAAUGCGAGACAGUUCUUGGAGGGCAGCGCUAUAUCAUGAAGGACGGCAGGCCAUACUGUUGUGGCUGCUUUGAAUCUCUCUAUGCAGAGUACUGUGAGGCCUGCGGGGAACAUAUUGGUGUUGAUCAUGCUCAGAUGACCUAUGAUGGGCUUCACUGGCAUGCAACUGAGAGCUGCUUUAGCUGUGCCCAGUGUAAGAGCUCCCUCCUGGGCUGCCCCUUCCUGCCCCACCAGGGCCGCAUUUAUUGCUCCAAGGCCUGCAGUAUCGGAGAAGAUGUGCAUGCCUCCGACUCCUCUGACUCUGCCUUCCAGUCAGCGCGAUCACGAGAAUCUCGGCGCAGUGUACGCAUGGGAAAAAGCAGUCGCUCAGCUGACCAGUGCAGACAGUCACUCCUCUUCUCACCUUCUGUCAACUAUAAGUGUCCAGGCUUCAGUGGAAACGCUGACGACACCCUGACCAACAAGCUUACCCACAUGAACUUAUCUGAUGAGCAUUUCUGGAGGGGGCGUGGUGAGGAGAAUGAGGCACCUGAGGAUCAGGAGGAGGAAGAGUGGGCUGAGCAUGAAGACUACAUGACUCAAUUGCUAUUAAAAUUCGGGGAACAUGGGGUCUUCCAGCAAGCAAGUGACUCCAGACCAACUGAUUUCUGGAUUGCUGAAAAGGAUCCUAAGCUGAAACAGGAGGUAUCAAAACCUAGCGUUGGUGGUGGGGGAGGAAGAGGAAGCCUGGCAAGUAAGAAGUACCAGGCAGACAUGUACUGGGCGCAGUCACAGGAUGGACUAGGGGACUCAGCCUACGGUAGUCAUCCCGGCCCAGCAAGCAGCAGAAAGAUCCAGGAGUUGGAGCUGGAUCAUGGGGCUGGAGGUGGCUUCCAGGGAGAGGAGCCACAGUGGUAUAAUGACUCUUUAGAGUGUAUCACCGAUGAGUUCAAGAAAACAGAUCAGAGUGUCCGAGACUCCAUGGACUCACUGGCACUUUCUAAUAUUACUGGGGCAUCUGUAGAUGGUGAUAGUAAAGAUAGACAACUGGUAUAUUCCCUGCAAGGAUUCCAUGAACUGGAGACAGAAGACUGUGAGAAAAGCAGUAACAUGGGAACCCUCAAUUCCUCAAUGUUACAUAGAAGUGCCAAUUCCUUGAAGAGCCUUGUAUCAGAGCAUGAAGAAGAGUUUGAGGAAAAUGUCCCUGAAGAAGAAGAGGUGCCUCAGCCAGCAGACAGACCCAAACCUCAUGUACCAGCUAUCAGGAGGACACGUUCACAAUCAAGGCCCCAGCAAGUCAAAUUCUCUGAUGAUGUUGUAGACAAUGGCCAUUACUGUGAUCUCCCAGUGCGCCAGCCACCUAUGAGUGAACGGACACGUCGGAGAGUCUACCACUUUGAGGAGCAGGGCCAGGAACUUCAGUCUGGUCGCCACCAUCACCACCACAGGAGGCAUCGCAGCCGCAAGUCUCGCUCCGACAAUGCUCUUAAUCUUCUGCCCAAGGAGAGGGCCAGAAUGUGCUACAAAAUGGACCAAAGAGGGAAUGCCUUUGGGCCCAAGGGGCAGCAAGCCUUUCAGGGCCACCCAAACCCUGCGGCCAUGUCCGAAUACGGACUACAGGGUCCAGCCAUGGAGAGGUUCUUGGGACUGUAUGGAGAGGAUGAUGAUUGGUGCUCCACGUGUUCUUCCUCCUCCUCUGAUUCUGAGGAGGAAGGCUUUUUCCUGGGUCAGCCAAUCCCUCAGCCCAGGCCCCAUAGACACUACUAUACUGAUGACUUGCCAACCCCUGUGGCAGGCAUGUCCUCACCUUCUUAUGGCGUGCGGACUAAGUCCAAAAAGAAAAAAGGGCACAAGGGGAAAAACUGCAUAAUUUCAUGAUAGUCCCUGACAUCCUUAUCCUCAGCUUUGUGUAUUGCUCUGCCACUCACAUCUGCUUCUCCUGUCCACUGUUAACUGCAUUAACAGUUUGCUUUUUAUUAAAUGCUUUACCGCACUCAAUUUACCAAAUGUUGAUGCAAGGCACAGGUCCUUAUUUUGCAUCUUUAUAGGUGUAGCAUUACAGUUUGCCAGUAAAGUAACAAAGUGUUUUAGAGUAACAUAUUUAAAAACAACAGUCUAAACUGUGUUCAACAGUGAAGAUAUUAAUGUAAAUAUUGUAGAAUUUAAAAAACAAAUGGCUAUUUUUAUACCCCUGAGUUCAUGAUAUGCUUUGUGCAAAAAGAAAUAGCAGCACAUUUAACAUUUGGCAAUUGGUAUAGAGCCAUAUUUCCAAGACAAUGUCAAAAAUUCAAUGACAGACCACCUCUGGCCCAAGAUCUUCCAACAUGUUGCCCUCCAGUCUCGUGCAGCAUGAACAUGAGAGAAACACUGUGUGUAUUGAAACGCCUGGUUGAGUGGUGUAUUUAUGGGUCACUGUAUUGUAAGCAUAUCAUUGUAAUCUGUAUAAAUGUACAAACUGGAAUAUAAGGCUAAGAUAGAUGAUAAUUGUAAUAAAAUAUCUAUAUAUCA